AUGUGGGGUCGCCAAGGGGGGCCUCAUCGCUGCUUGGAGCUCCUACUUCGCCAGUACUUGGAAGAAUCGGACGGACGGAGCCUUCUCCUACGUGGCACUGACGCUGUGGGCACGUUUCGCUGUGCGUUGAUUCGUAACUCGCAAGAUGAUGAUCCUGGAAUUGCCCAUGAGCUCUACCGUGGCCUACCUACAACUUCGUACGUUGCAUAUCUUGCUCAAGUCCUUCUUGCGUGGAAGGAAAUGGCGCGGAAUCCGCUGUUUCAGCUUCCACAUGUGCCAAUGGGAGGCGUAACUGAAGACAGAUCGUCCCUGCAUCGAGUGCUCGAAGUGCCCGUUGCCUUGGUCCAGUCAAUGGAUAGCGUCAUGGCCUUGGAUUCUUUGAUCACAGCCAUUGGGGGGGCUCGAGGGAUCCUAACUCUCUUGGGCGUGCGAUGUACCAUUGGGAGUACUCUCGUGUGCCCUCCCACACGUGCACAAUGCCUCGAAGCAUUUCGCCGGCCGCAGUCAGAUGGGUCCAAGUCGUCCGUUCUCACAGUUGGCGCCAGGCAGUGGACGAAACAUAUUCAGCGAAGUCUCGAUGGAUGGUGGGGAGUGAACAAGGGUAGCGAGGCAGCGAAGAAUGCCGCGGCAGAGCGGAAGGUCGUCGAGCUGUUGGACACCACGGUGUGGAUGAACGUCCACGGGUUGCCGAAUGGGCCAGUGGUGUUUGAGAUUCGGCAAGACCAGGGGUAUGGUGCUCGGUGGUCUCUUCAAGGCGCCGACGACGUUCAUUUCCGCGGGUUCGUCGAGCCUUACAUCGAGAACGGCCAUGCGAUGGGGCUUGAGGCGUUCGACCUCGAUGUGUUUGCGUCCAAGUAUGCUGGAGUGAACCGCAUUCGUCACGUCAUGUUCAUCAUGGACCAUGGCUUUAACCCCCAGGUUGUCUUCGAAGACGACAACAAGCGAGACGCAGCGACACAGUUGGCCAAAAAUGCGCUUCGCUUCCUCUUGUCAAACUUGGAAGCGACCAAAGCGACGACCGUGAACACGACUCUGUAUCGCGAACUCACGACGAAGUUCAAGGAGUUUCUUCCGAUGGAUUACCACCCCGAUGCAACAUUCCUCGAAAACGCCGUGCGUGCGAAUGCGUCGCGCCAUGAACGAUUGGAGCAAGAACUCAACUCGUACAAGUGCAGCAUGAUCAAAGAAAGCAUUCGUAUCGGACACAACGACCUGGGCGAGUUCUACUACCGAACGGGCGACCUCGCGAAUUCGCUACGCAGUUACAUCCAAGCGCGCGACUACUGCACGACAGAGAAACAUAUCGUCGACAUGUGCUUCAACGUGAUCAAGGCUUCGAUCCAUCUCAAGAACUACAGCAACGCAUACAACUACCUCGUUAAGCUGGAGCAAUCCAUCGGCGGCACUUCGAUUGGCGAGUCCGAUCCCACAGUGCAGGCACAGACUGCCGCGACUUUUGGCCUUGUGCACUUUUGUUCGAAGAAGUACCAUGCAGCAGCGCUCAAAUUUGUAGAGUGCCAAGUCGACAUUGGCGACAAGUACAACGAAGUGAUCCACGCCGAGGACGUCGCGGUCCUCGGCGGUCUCUGCGCCGUCGCCACAUUUUCCCGUGCCGAGCUCAAGGAGCACGUCGUGCAAAAUUCGUCGUUCAAGGCGUAUUUGGAGCUCGUGCCGCGAUUGCGUGAAUUUAUCACGGCCUUUUACGACGGGAACUACGCGUCCAGCUUGAACAUCCUAGCUGACUUGACGGACGAGCUUGCGUUGGACAUGUACGUGGCGCCGCACGUCGUCGACCUCGUGAAGGAAAUCCGCCAUCGAGCGAUUGCCCAGUACUUCCACCCGUACCUGUCGGUGGACUUGAACGUGAUGGCGGUGGCAUUUAAUACGCCCGUCGGGGUGCUCGAAGUCGAGUUGGGGGAGCUCAUUGUAGCCAACAAGCUGCAGGCGCGCAUCGACAGCCACAAUCAGGUGCUGUACGCAUUUCAACCUGACCAACGUGCCGUGACGUUCAAGAAAGCGCUCGAGAUGGGACGCCAGUACACGGCCGACACGAAAUCACUUAUUCUUCGCAUGAACCUGGUCAAGCAUGGCAUUGCCGUGGGGUCGAAAUAUGGAGCCAAAGACAGUCAGCACCACCAGCACGUGGACGAAGACUAG